GCGAUCGUUGGUCGAGAAACCUUAGUCUGUUACUACCUCGCUUAGCUUAGACACAUGUCGCAAUAUAAGUAUCUAACUGGUUUCGGCGGCCACUUCUCGUCAGAGGACGAGCGCUGCCCCAAUUCUCUGCCAGUGGGACAGAACUCCCCACAGCAAUGCCCCUACGGCCUAUACGCAGAACAGUUGUCUGGUUCCGCCUUCACAGCUCCACGUUCCGAAAAUGUGCGCACUUGGCUAUAUAGGAAGCUGCCCAGUGCUGUUCAUACGCCCUUUCUUCCGUAUUCGGGUGCCCAGCAUCUGAGCCACAACUGGGAUGAGCAGCCGCCCAAUCCAAAUCAGAUGCGUUGGAAACCAUUCGACAUGCCUGGAGCAAAGCAAAAGAGCGUAACGUUUGUCGAGGGACUCCAUACGGUCUGUGGUGCUGGCGAUGCAAGGGCGCGACAUGGCUUGGCCGUGCAUAUCUAUCUCUGCAAUGCCUCCAUGGACACCUCGGCGUUCUACAACAGCGACGGCGAUUUCCUCAUAGUGCCACAGGAAGGAACUCUGAAUAUAAUAACGGAGCUGGGUCGCAUGACCGUAGCUCCCAAUGAGAUCUGUGUCAUUCCACAGGGCAUUCGCUUUGCCGUGAAGCUCGAGACCCCUUGCAGGGGCUACAUACUGGAAGUUUUCGAUGGACAUUUCUGUUUGCCCGAUCUGGGUCCCAUUGGGGCCAACGGUCUGGCCAAUCCCAGAGACUUUGAGACACCAGUUGCUUGGUUCGAUUCUAAGACGUACACAGAGUUUCAUGUCAUCUCCAAGUACCAAGGCGCCCUAUUUGUGGCCAAGCAGAAGCACAGUGUUUUCGAUGUGGUUGCCUGGCACGGCAAUUACGUGCCCUACAAAUAUGAUCUGUCGAAGUUUAUGGUGAUUAAUUCGGUUAGCUUCGAUCAUUGCGAUCCCAGCAUUUUCACGGUGCUCACCUGCCCGAGUCUAAGGCCGGGCACAGCCAUAGCGGACUUCGUCAUAUUCCCGCCCCGCUGGUCUGUGCAGGAGCACACAUUCCGUCCGCCUUACUAUCACAGAAACUGCAUGAGCGAGUUCAUGGGCCUCAUACUUGGCCGCUAUGAAGCCAAGGAGGAGGGCUUUGCUGCUGGUGGGGCUACUCUGCACUCAAUGAUGACGCCCCAUGGUCCAGACGUCAAUUGCUUUGAAGGCGCUUCCAAAGCUGAACUUAAGCCUGAACGCAUUGCCGAUGGAACUCAAGCUUUCAUGUUCGAGUCGUCGCUGAGCUUGGCUGUUACCAAAUGGGGCGUGGAGACGUGCCAGAAACUGGAUGCCCAGUACUACGAAUGCUGGCAGGCGCUCAAGAACAACUUUAAGCUGUCCAACUGAACAGCUAGACACUCAACUCCUGAUGGAUAAUGGACUAGAGUUAACAUUUAUUUAAGGGAGUU